AUGCCGGAGAGGUCGAAAGAGCUUCACGUGAAGCCCAAGGAGCCAGAGGCCUCUCAGAAGGAUGGAGGGCUGAAGAGCUAUCUGAGGGUCUUCGCCUAUACCGACAGCUUCGGUUGGUUUCUCAACAUCAUGGCCUUGAUUGGCACCAUCGGCGCAGGCAGUGCGUUGCCCCUGAUGGACCUGGUCCUGGGCAAGAUGAUCACCAUAUUCAAUGAUCACUCGAUGGGAGCUGAUUCUUCCUCAAAAUUUCAGUCCAAGCUAAACAAAUUCACUCUUUAUUUCGUCUAUCUCUUUAUAGGCAAGUUUGGCCUGGUAUAUAUCUGGACGCUGUCACUAUCGAUCUCAUCUCUUCGGACUACGAAAGCGUUGCGAAUUGCCUUCCUUACUCGCCUUCUUCAACAGGAUAUUGCUUAUUUUGAUUCCAACGAGGGUGGUUCCCCCGUCGUGCAGGUCACCACGAACACCAACCUAGUUAAUCAAGGGAUUUCGGAGAAACUUGGCUUUGCCAUCCAAGGGACGGCGACCUUUGUGGCAGCCUUCAUCGUGGCCUUCACGGUGCAGUGGAAAUUAACCUUGAUCACAAUCUGCAUUGUGCCUGUUAUAAUGGUGGUCACGUCGGUGUGUGCCGAUCUUCUCGUUAAACAGGAGAAUAAAAUCCUCCGUGUCGAUGCUGAAGCUGGGUCGUUAGCCGAGGAGAUUUUGGCAAGUAUGAAGACAGUCCAUGCCUUUUCCGCUUUUGCCAAAUUGACUGCCAAGUACGAGAGUAUGGCUGCUGAAUCGAAGCGUAUGGGGUUGUCCCAGUCAUUAAACAUGGCAAUUCUCUACUCGGCUGAAUUUUUCUGUGUUUAUGCGGGGUAUGGACUUGCUUUCUGGCAGGGCGUUCGCAUGUAUGCGAGAGGAGAGAUUACGGAGGCCGGAACUGUCGUUACCGUUAUUUUCGCUGUCAUUGUGGCUGCCACGGCGAUGACCCAGAUUGCUCCUCAGAUUAUACAGGUAACCAAGGCCGCUUCGGCCGCCCAGGAAAUCUGGGCCGUUAUAGAUCGCGAACCCGCCAUCGACGGAUUGUCGCCCGACGGCAUUCGACCAAAGUCAUGUGAAGGAAAUAUCGUGUUCUCGGACGUGUCAUUUGCGUAUCCCAGUCGCCCGGAGGUAACGGUGCUGGAGAAGUUUACGCUAGAGGUUCCCGCCAACAAGACUACUGCGUUGGUUGGUCCCAGCGGAUCGGGCAAAAGCACGGUAACAGGGUUGCUGGAACGAUGGUACAACCCCCUGGGCGGAUCUAUAACCCUCGAUGGACGGAAAAUCAAGGAUCUGAAUAUCCAGUGGUUGCGGACUAAUCUCCGAAUCGUGCAGCAGGAACCAACGCUCUUCAACGGAACAGUGUUUGAAAAUGUGGCUUAUGGUCUUGCAGGAACAGAAUACUUGAAUGCUUCUAGGGAGGAGCAGCUCGAACGGGUCAAGCGCGCAUGCAAAGCAGCUUAUGCCCAUGACUUCAUCGAAGGGCUGCCUGAAAAAUAUGAUACUCAGGUUGGAGAGCGGGCCACCAUGUUGUCUGGGGGUCAGAAACAGCGUAUUGCUAUUGCCCGCAGCAUUGUAUCGGACCCCAAGGUUUUAAUUCUCGAUGAAGCAACUAGUGCCCUAGAUCCGAAAGCCGAGAAGAUCGUGCAGGAGGCGUUGGACAAUGUCUCAGCAUCCCGCACGACUAUCACUAUCGCACACAAGCUGUCCACAAUCAAGAAGGCGGACCAAAUUAUUGUCUUGUCCCAAGGUCGGGUUGUUGAGAAAGGCACCCACGAUGAGCUCAGUGCAGCCGGUGGAGCUUAUCACCGACUGAUCAAAGCGCAAGAUCUUGGCAGUGUCAGAUCCGGUGACAGUGCUCCCCAGGCAGAGGAGCCUAUCGCCACUAUCCAUUCUGUACAGACGGUUAGUGAAAAGGAUGCUGGGGUUGUACAGGACAUUGAAGCUCCUUCACCUCGCAGCCAAAGCCUGAUACGCUGUUUGUUUAUCCUCUUUGUGGAGAGGCGCGAUUUAUGGCCUCAUUUCUUUAUUGUACUCGUCGCCUGCGUCAUGGGAGGAGCAACAUACCCGGUACUCGCCUUUAUCUUUUCCAGAAUAUUGGAUGUAUUUCAAGAACAAUCCAAAAACGAGAUGGUUAAGAAAGGCGAUUUCUACGCCCUCAUGUUCUUUGUGCUUGCCCUUGUUAUUUUCGUCGUUUAUGCGACUCUGGGAUGGGUCACCAACGUUAUAGCAACGUCUAUCGUGUAUAUUUACCGUCUCCAGAUGUUCAAGAGCUAUCUUCGACAGGACUUGACAUUCUACGAUCAACCGGAACAUACGACUGGGGGUUUAGUGUCUCAUUUGUCCACCAAGCCCACCAGCCUUCAGGAGCUCUUGGGCUUUAAUGUCAGUAUUAUUAUCAUUGCCAUUGUUAAUAUUCUGUCCAGCUCUAUUCUUGCUAUCUCAGUUGGAUGGAAGUUGGGGUUGGUCGUGCUGGCUGGCGCCCUGAUUCCUAUGGUCUUUUGCGGCUACCUCCGCAUCCGCCUCGAGUUCAUGUUGGAAGAAGGUGUUUCAAAUCGAUUUUCUCAGAGUGCUGCAUUGGCCGGGGAGGCCGUCUCAGCGAUUCGCACUGUGGCAUCACUGGCAAUCGAGCCAGUGGUCCUUGCCCGGUAUACUGAGAAGCUAGCCGGGAUCGAGCGCCGGUCCAUAAAGACAUUUAUUUGGACAACAUUCUGGUUGUCUCUCACACAAUCCCUGUCAUUUCUAUCCAUGGCUCUGAGCUUUUGGUACGGAGGACGCCUGUUAUCUACCGGGGAGUACUCCUCGGCGCGACUGUACAUUGUCGUUAUCGGAGCCAUCCUAUCCGGAGAGGCAGCGGCAUCAUUUUUCAUGUUCACCACUAGCUUUACCAAGGGCCAGGGAGCUUGUAACUACAUUUUCUGGCUUCGGUCCCUGAUACCUAAUGUGCGCGACGGCGAUUCUGACGCCCCGGCCUCUGGUGGCGCAGUGCAGAUGGCGCUACAGAAUGUGGAAUUCCGCUAUCCGACACGACCGAAUCGGCCAGUGCUGAAGCAGUUGGAUGUAGAGAUCAAGCCUGGCCAAAUGGUGGCUUUCGUUGGUCCUUCAGGCCAUGGGAAGUCCAGCCUGAUCUCCCUCCUUGAACGAUACUACAAUCCCACCUCUGGCUGUAUCCGCUUCGACGGGUCAGACAUUUCACAGAUGAACCUCGCUUCGUACCGACGCCAUCUGUCCCUGGUACAACAGGAGCCGGUCCUCUAUCAGGGCACCAUUCGCGACAACAUCGCCCUCGGCCUGGAAACGGAAGCCACAGAUGAUCAGAUCUAUGAGGCCUGUCGACAAGCGAACGUGUUUGACUUUGUAUCUUCCUUGCCUGAUGGGUUGUCCACCGCGUGUGGCUCAAAGGGAAGUCUAUUCUCUGGCGGACAACGCCAGCGCCUGGCGAUUGCGCGUGCUCUUAUACGACGGCCACGGUUGCUCCUCCUGGACGAAGCCACCUCGGCAUUGGACACGGAAAGUGAGAAGAUUGUCCAGGCCGCGUUGGAUAAGGCUAAAGAAGGCCGGACGACGAUUGCGAUUGCUCACCGUCUGUCGACGAUCAAGCACUCUGACUGCAUCUUCGUACUAGUGGACGGCCGUAUCCGGGAGCACGGCACUCAUCACCAGCUACUGCAGCUGCGAGGGAUCUACUACGAGAUGUGUCUGGGACAGGCACUGGACCAGGCAACGUGA